AUUCGAUCAAUAGUUUGUCAAGUUUAAAGUGAAUCGUUUUUGUACAAUUUUACCUAAAUAAUGAAUCUUUUAAAUGCCGUCUGUCUUACAGUAAGCAUCUGUGUAAUAUUUGCUAAAACUGAGAUAUCAUUGGACGUGGGAACAUGCGGAAAUAACACAACACUUACCUGCUCUGGAUCAGGUACCUUUUCGUGGGAUAUUCAAAAAGGAUAUGAACUGUUAGUCGGUAAAGGCGAUGUUUUGGAAGAAACCAAGUAUUCUGUGAUUGUGUCAUCCACGUCUGUGAAGCUGACUAUCCACAACACAGAUAUCAGUGAUAUUGGGAUAUACGCCUGCGAGGUCGCCUAUGAUGGGAGAAGUAAUGCAGUUCAGCUUCAGUUCGAUUGUCCAGCUUCAAACAUAACAGCUACUGUGAAUAAUCUGGGACGAGUUGAAUUGUCUACCGAUAGGCUGUAUCCAAUGCACAAGGAUUUCCAGGUGUCUGUUUUUCAAGGGAUUUCAGAAAUCAAACUACGGGGUGCAACUCAAUGCAAAAUCAGUUCGAGCUAUCCCGGAUAUUUUACAUGCUGGUGGACAUCGGAUGACGAGGUUUUACCAGGAGAAUACACAUAUGUUGCCAUUGUUACUACUUUAACACCUUCAAGAACAUUUACGGGAUCCUUUGUAAAAGAUUCAACAGAUGGUCGCCAUUGGAACGUUACAUUAUAUCUAACAUCUGAAGAUGAUAAUGUAUAUGGUACAACGCUAGAAAUGGUAUGCAAAGUUGUUGCAUUGCAAGAUAAUACAUAUACUAUGUGGAAAAGGAAUUUCCAAACUGUCGCAUUAAUAUAUUCAUGGGAUAUUCCAGUCAUUCUGCCGGAAUUGUAUGAAUACAACUACACAUCUAAUAAUGAAAUGCAUUUUUACAUUAAAAACUUGUCGAGCGGAAACCACAAAGAUAUAUGGACGUGUGGAACAGCGCUGAAGAAUGGUCAAAUUAUUACAAGUAACCAGAUUCAAAUUGACAUUACAGGAAAGCCCAAUGUUCCCAGCGACGUAAGUGUAUUUCAGUCGAACAACAGCUUAGUCAUCACAUUUGUAAAGGGCGAUUCAGGAGGAUACAUGCAAACGUUUGUACUGGAGGGUAAACUACAUGGAAACGACACCUGGGGCAUACUGAAAACUGUAGAGGAUGAUCUUGUAUCGCCAGUGUUGCAGAUUUUAGUUGACAACGUUCAAUCAAAUACGCUGUAUGAUGGCAGAGUUUACUCCUAUAACGUAAUUGGAAAAAGUGAAUUUACAAAUGUGUUUACAUUUGCUUUGCUUCUGCCAACAGGAACAAGUAUGCCUGAUUCUUCUGUAUCUCAAAAUGGAGUAUUAGCAGGAACGGUUGUUGGCAGUUUCACCUUUGGGACAAUAGCUGGAAUGUUGGUCUCAUGUGUGUUUAUUUCAAGCAGAACAAGAACCCCUUUCGGCAAAUUGAUAGGACGACACGGACAUAAGCAAACAGGUCUAAACGAAUGA